AUGUCCUGUCCUACACCAUCAUUGCUCGUGGCUGCUUCCAAAGCCGAUGUUCCUUCCAUCUUGUGCCCUCCGAUUGCAUUGAUGGCAGAAGCAGCUCUGAAAGAUCACGGUGCGGUUUCAAUUGCACUCAGUGGAGGAUCCUUGCCUUCCUUUUUGGCCUCUCUUCCACAAGCAUUUAGUGAUCAUGAGACAGCUUGCUGGGAUAAAUGGCACGUAUUUUUGGCGGACGAACGUUGUGUUUCGGAGGAUCAUGAGGAUUCCAAUACCAAAGCCUUGAAGGAGAAAUUCUUGUCCCAGGUUCCCAUUCCAGCAUCGCAAAUUUACAAAAUCAAUCAAUCCUACGUGUCAACAAAAGCAGAUGGAUCUUCUGAUAGUGCCGCAAUUGCCAAGGAUUAUCAAGAUAUCUUGGUGUCAGCGUUGAAAACAUAUACCAAUGGAAGAUUGGACAUUGCCAUCUUGGGAUUUGGCCCCGACGGACAUACGUGUUCACUCUUUCCUGAUCAUGCCUUGAUUCAACCCAACCAACCAUCUGAUAUUUGGGUUGCUCCCGUUGACGACUCGCCAAAACCACCACCCCAACGAAUUACUCUGACCUUGCCGGUACUGACGCAGAAAACGGACCACAUUAUCGUAUGUGGAGCUGGCGGCAGCAAGCAGCCCAUUGUCUCAAAAGUAUUUACCUCUAUCAGUAACAAGGUUGAAAAGGAUGGCAACUUUCAAUAUGAAGGUACCAUGGCCCAACCUCCGCCGUUUCCAUGUGCCAUGGUCAUGCCACAAACAUCAUUAACUUGGGUAUUGGAUAAGGAUGCCUUGGGAGAAGAAUCAUUGAUCGGCGAAGACAAGCUUUAA